CUUAGAGAAUUUGAAGAUGAUGAUGAGAUUGAAUUUGAUCAAUUGACAACAACAGAUAGGUCAAACUUGACACAUAAUAAAGAGCCAGUGUUUGAAUACAUUGAACUAGUAUGUAAAAAACUGGAAAAACUUGCACCACAUUCGUAUUUAGCAAAGAGUCAAGCAUUAUACCUGAGAUCAAGAAAGGAAGAUAUGAAUGAGGUAACAGUAUUAUUUCUGGGUGAUUUUUCAGCAAACUAUAAAUUUGUAGUUCAGGAUGAAGUGCAAAGCUUUCAUUGGACAAAUUUGCAAUGUACAUUUCAUCCAGUAAUUAUUUAUUUUUAAAAAGAAGGCAUUCUCAAGCACAAAUCCUAUUGCAUUAUUUUGGAUGAUAUGAUCCAUGAUGUGAACAUGGUUUAUAAAAUUAUUGAGGUUGUUUGCAAUGAUAUAAAAACAAAUUUGCCUCAAAUAAAAAAUAUUGAAUACUUUUCAGAUGGGUGUGCAGGUCAAUAUAAGAAUUGCAAAAAUAUGUUAAAUUUUUGUUUCCAUUGUAAAGAUUUUGGUUUUACUGCUAAAUGGAGCUUUUUUGCAACUAGUCACGGUAAGCAACCUUGUGAUGGUAUAGGUGGUACAGUCAAACAUCUGGCAACACUAGCAAGUUUGCAAAGAGAUAUGGAUAAUCAUAUUUUAUCUCCACAAACAUUGUAUAAAUAUUGCAAUGAAAACAUUGAAGGCAUAAAUUUCAUAUAUAUUUCAUCAGAAGAUUUAACUUUGGUGAGAACCGCUCUUAAAGAACGAUUGGAUACUGCUAAUACAAUACCUGGAACACGUAGUUACCAUCAGUUUGUACCACCUGGCCAUCAAAAGGUAGGCACUAAGCUAUGCAGUGUUGAUGAAGAAUUUGCUUUAAUUCAUGACUUUGAAAAUAUCCAGAUAACAACUGUAAACCUAGUACCAGGUGAUUAUCCCUGUGUUUCCUAUGAGCAAAAGUGGUGGAUAGGAGUCGUUGAAGAUAUUAAUUUAGAAGAAAAAGAUGUGCUUGUAAAAUUUAUGUGUCCUAAUGGUCCUGCACGGUUGUUUAAAUGGCCACCAAAGAAAAGCCAAUGCUGGAUUCCUGAUGUCCACAUUAUUUGCAAAGUUGAGGUACCGAUAACAAAAACAGGACUUUGCUACUAUUUAGCUAAAGAGGACUUAAAAAAAAUUAUUUUCCUAAGGAAGUAGAAAUUUUUAUAUUAAUGAGUCUAUUAUGUCUUAUCCAUUCUUUUUUUAAAUAUUAUGUUUUGUGAAGCAACUUGUAAAUAAUGUGAA